CUGUGUUCUAGGUCAAGGUCAUAAUUAUUUUUAGAAAAAAUAAUUUGCUUACGACAAAUGCCAUUUUCAAGAUGAAAUUAAGACUGAAGCUUGGCAGUAGACGGGAAUUGAUAGCAUUCGGUAGUCAAGACCCAUCCAGUGUUCGUUUGAAGGAUGUUAAGCGUGAAGCUGAGACUAAAUUUGAAUCAAGCCCUCUUACAUUGAGCCUGAAUGGUACUGAUGCUUUAACUGGUGAUGGAUUAUCCAUGAAAGAUCUUGGUAUAGUGUCUGGCGACUUGAUUCAAGUUAUGACACAAAAUCCAGUUGUGAAAAGUGCUCAAGAUACCAAACAUUUAAAGCCCCAAACAGAAAAGGAUGAUAUCAUAGAUGAAAAUAAAAUGAAUAAAGAACAGCCAGAUUCACAAAAUGUUAGAACAGAUGAUUCUACUGAUGUCAACAUGGUUAAAGUUGUCAACAAUAUCGAAGAUGUCAACAUGGUAGAAGAUGCCAGCAGAGCAAAUUCAAAUAACAAUAGUGAUUCAGAAAUCAAAGCCCCAACCCAGGACAAUGUGGGCCUGAAUAAAUACCUGAAUGAACCAAUGUUGUGUAGGGAUGCUACAGACUCUGCAGUACCAUAUAGGCUUGAGAUGUUCUAUAAUGAGAGCUCUCCAAGGAAUCCUAUGGAUGCUUUAUGUAUUGUGCUACAUACCUUAAUGAUAGAAAGUGGGUUUCAGUUAAUACCUCCAACAAAUGAAGACGUCAGUGAAGGAGCAACAGCCUCAUCUUUAAAUUCCUGUAACCAAGGCAACCAACUUCCUGUUUUCACAGCACAACCUAUAGGUGUCUGCACCUUCAGCUACACAAUUGGAGACAGUACAGACAUGCAGUGCAGUAUCACAUGUGUUUCUAUUGGGUCAAAGAUUGCCAUCCAUGGUACUGUUAAAGGCACCAAUGUGGAUCACCAACUUAACCUAAAAAUAUCAGAUUUCAUUCCUGUUCUAAAACCAGAUGCUGCUGGAACCUACCAAAACUUACCUAGAUUAUCCUGCCUGUUUAAAGAUGCUGUAGCUUACAGACUUCUACAGCAAUGUAAAUCAGAAUUUAACCAUUCAGAAAGUAGUGGAUUCCUAGGUCUGAUGGAAGAGAUAUUGAUGUGUAUUUUGAGCAAGCUACCAGCCAAGGACUUGUGCAAUAUGGGGAGGGUGUGCAGAUCUCUGAACCAGCUGUCUGAGAGGCCACAGUUAUGGAGAUCUCUCUAUAUACGCACAUAUGGAGUGAAACGUGAUAGUGAUCGAAAUCAAGAUUGGAAGUCAGCAUAUAAAGAUACAUACCUACUAAGAAGAGAAAUGAGGCGGAGAGCUCUGGAACAAUCCCGUCAGUUUGUUCCUGGAUGGCCCCCCUAUGUUGGUCAACCCCACCCUCCUCUUCCUGCCACACCCAUCUAUCCACCAGGCUUUAUUGGUGGGGAAUAUGAUCGUGAUCCUUCAUUCCAAGGAAUUCCUGGUCCAUUAGGUGCCAGACAACCUGGCGUAUUUCCUCGCCCAAGAUUUGACCCAAUUGGUCCAUUGCCUACUCAGAGAUUUCCACCAGGUAGAGGAGGAGGAUUCAGAGAUGGAUCAUCAUCUAGACGUCCAUUUUCAGGAGGAGGAAUUGGACCUGGAAACUUUUUCUGAGCUUGUUAAGAUCUUUUUCCUUAAUAUAUUAUACUGUACUGAGUCCAGGUUGUUAGGUUAAAUACUACAUAUUUUUAUUUCUAAAAAAUUGAAAAGGGAAACACAGUGAUAAAUAUUGCACUUUGAAGAGCAAAAUAAAUGGCUGGCAUGUAAGUAACACAGCAUGUCCAAAUCUUAUUCAGAUCUUUGUACUUAGCCUGUUCUUGCAUCUGUUGUUGCAUUACAAGUUGAACAGAUAAGCAGUUUUCCUGGAAUUUCGAUGACAAGACCUAUAUGUGGCACCCAGCCAGCAGCACAAGACAAUAACUCUAUAGCACUUUUUAAGAGUGCAAUAAAAAGAAUGAGAAUAAAUACAUCACAUUCCUGAAGACACAAACUUCUAGAAAGCUAUAAAUUAUGCUAAUUUGAGAAAAAAUUUCACAGUAUCAUAGCAUCAAA